UUUAUGUUGAAAGGGAGAUUUCGAUUUCCUAGAACAGAGGGCGAAGCUGCAGCUGCUCCCAGAUGAAAUUUCAUCAUGGCAAAUUAUUUCACAUUUCUGUCAAUAUUUGCUUUUAUUAAUGUGCUCGUUUUUCUGCCAGUGAUACACGGCAAUAGCUUUGAGACUAAAGCCUCUCAGUUCUUCAGCAGCGGUCACACCAACAACUGGGCAGUGCUGGUUUGCACAUCCAGGUUCUGGUUUAACUAUCGACAUGUUGCCAACGUGCUGUCUGUGUACAGGAGCGUGAAGAGGCUGGGCAUUCCAGACAGUCACAUCGUGCUGAUGCUGGCUGAUGACAUGGCCUGCAACCACAGAAACCCCAAGCCGGCCACAGUGUUCAGCCACAAGAACAUGGAGCUGAAUGUUUACGGAGACGAUGUGGAGGUGGAUUACCGCGGCUAUGAGGUGACUGUAGAGAACUUUUUGCGAGUCCUGACUGGACGGCUCCCGCAGAGCACCCCUCGCUCCAAACGGCUACUGUCUGACGACCGCAGCAACAUCCUCAUCUACCUGACAGGUCACGGCGGCAACGGCUUUCUGAAAUUCCAGGACUCGGAGGAGAUCAGCAACGUGGAGCUCGCUGAUGCGUUUGAGCAGAUGUGGCAGAAGAGAAGGUACAACGAGUUGCUGUUCAUCAUUGACACCUGCCAGGGAGCUUCCAUGUACGAGCGCUUCUACUCGCCCAACAUCAUGGCUCUGGCUAGUAGCCAGGUGGGCGAGGACUCUCUUUCGCAUCAGCCAGACCUUGCCAUCGGGGUUCAUCUGAUGGACAGAUAUACCUUCUACCUGCUGGAGUUCCUGGAGGACAUUCAUCCUGCUAGCCAGGCCAACAUGAACGAUCUGUUCAAGGUGUGCCCGAAAAGCCAGUGUGUCUCCACUCCUGGCCACCGCACUGACCUGUUCCUGCGGGACCCUGGAAGCGUCCUCAUCACCGAUUUCUUUGGAAGCGUCCGCAAAGUGGAGAUAACCAGAGAAGCCAUCAACUUAACCACUACUGCUGAACAGCCUGUGGAAAUAACGUCUGUCAGAAGGGAAGUGAAGAGUGAAGCCCUGUCUUAUGUGGACCAAUUACCUGUGGCUGAAAUCAUUCAUCAGAAACCCAAGCAGAAGGACUGGCACCCUCCGGACGGCUUUAUCCUGGGCCUGUGGACCCUCAUCCUGCUGGUGUUCUUCAAAACCUACGGCAUCAAACACCUCAAACACAUCUUCUGAGGGGCUCAGCAGCCGGACCACCUUCCUGGAAUGCUCGAGCAGCUCUCUCUCUCUCUGCUUGGUGCUCAUAAAUUAUUAUUUCUAUUUGCCUGCCUGGUGAAAGUUUCAUCGUCAGCGCUCGUUCUUUUCAGAAAGUGACCUAGACUGAAGGCCGGCGCUGAAAAGCGGCACCACUGACUGCUGGCUUUCAGAGCUGCUUUGUUGACCCUGUGCUCACAGGCUGUGAUCUGGGCAUUUUCUUUUUCUUAUUUCUUUUUUCUCCUCCGGUUAUUCUACUCUUUUUAUAUACAGCAGCCAAGGACGAAUCCCAAUCGCUACGAUUAGACUCAAAACUGCAAAACUCUCCUGUUGUCUCUCACAGCACUUUUCGUGGAUGUGAAACCAGCAUCGCUCUUGUUCAAAACCUAAUUUUGAACUGUUCGCUGUGUUUCCACCAACAAAAGUAGGUUCCGGAACAAGAAAUGUUCAGUUGAAUCGGGAACUCGAGCCUCGAGCGGUUCUGAUACAUCGGCUCACAGAUGCAGACUUGUGGUGAUCCACAUCACCCUAGAAGCAAUGAGGGGGAAAGAGCGCCAUCUACCCACACAGAGAGAGCAAGACCAAUUGUGCUCUCUCAGGGCUCCAGCAGAUGGUGGCAAGCUGCAUGACUGGGAUUUGAACCAGCAAUCUCUCCCAAUCAUUGGGUGUGCCCCACUGUACCAUCUCCCUUUUAUCCCUCAGUCCUCAGUUCUAACCAAAUCUAUUCUUUAUCUUUUGUAAAUAUGGUUCAUUCUACUUUAAAUCAUUUACUCUAAUGAUUUUUGAAUGAAUUUUGUAUUCAAAGCUACUGAGUUUAACUCUAAUGCACUGAAUUAAGGUUUAUAAGUGUGUUUAUUAGGUUUGCUUGAAUGUACAUUUUACUGUAUGCUUGAAGGAAUGCGUAUGAAUCAGUAACACUGCAAAAAAAAAUAAAAAAUAAAAAUAAAAAAGACCAAUUGUGCUCUCUCAGGGCUCUGGCAGCUGAUGGCAAGCUGCAAAUAGUUUUUUUUUUUUUUUUGUAUAAUGUAACAUUAUAAUAACAAUGCAUUAUUUGUCCACAGUAGAUGCACACCUUCAGCUUGUCUUCAGCUAAAUAUCUAAUAAUAUAAUUUAAAUAAAACUUAAAGUAUCCAUUCAAAAAAUUCUCAUUCACUGAAAAUUAAUUGGCGUUUUUUGUCCACAUAUUGCCUUUGUAAUGGUUCAUGUUCCAACAACAGAAUAAAUGAAUAAAUGAAUUAAAUCAC